UAGCGUCAGCGCGAUUGCGCUUCUGGGAGUUGCUGAGAAAGACUCAUCAUCAUCUCGAGACCUGGUUAUCAGUCAUGUCUUUGUGUGAAGACAUGCUGCUUUGUAAUUAUCGGAAGUGUCGAAUCAAACUCUCUGGUUAUGCGUGGGUCACUGCUUGCUCUCACAUCUUUUGUGAUCAGCAUGGCAGUGGUGAAUUUAGUCGUUCACCAGCUAUCUGCCCUGCCUGCAAUAGUACCCUUUCUGGGAAGCUAGAUAUUGUUCGCACAGAACUCAGUCCAUCAGAGGAGUAUAAAGCUAUGGUAUUAGCAGGACUGCGACCAGAGAUUGUGUUGGACAUUAGUUCCCGAGCACUGGCCUUCUGGACAUAUCAGGUACAUCAGGAACGUCUCUACCAAGAAUAUAAUUUCACUAAGGCUGAGAGCCGUCUGAAACAGAUGGAGAAGAUAUACACUCAGCAAAUACAAAGCAAGGAUGUAGAAUUGACCUCUAUGAAAGGGGAGAUUACUUCUAUGAAGAAAGUGCUAGAAGAAUACAAGAAAAAGUUUAGUGACAUCUCUGAGAAACUUAUGGAGCGCAAUCGCCAGUAUCAAAAGCUCCAAGGCCUCUAUGAUAGCCUUAGACUACGAAAUCUCACUAUUGCUAACCAAGAAAAUACAUUUGAACCAUCUAUGAUUGCACAGUCUGGUGUCUUUGGAUUUCCAUUAGGAAACAACUCUAAGUUUCCUUUGGCUGAUACACCCGCUCAAAACCGAUCCGGUGGAGAUGAAGAUUUUCAGUUCAGACCAUUUUUUGUAGGUUCUCCCACUGCACCAGAACCCAGUAAAAGUUUUUUUAGUUUUGCCUCUCAGAGUCAUGAAUUAGAACAGCAGCAAGUUUCCAGCAGGGCCUUCAAAGUAAAAAGAAUUUAGCUCACCUAAUGUUUACAGAAUGAUUUUCUGCUGCCAUUGAUUACAUUUGUCAAAUAAUACUUCUCCUAGGUAGGAGUCACCAACUCCCUGUGCUAGUGAGUCAUUAAUGUUGUUUUCACAUUGUUGACUGAUAAGAAGUUGAUUGGCCAUAGAAUGGUGGGUGGUUUUAGUGCCUGGGUUCUUUUAUUUAAAGUAUGAGCUUUAAUUAAUCUUAAUUUCCAUGUUUACUGUUGGAUUUUCAUCACUGGUGAAAAGGUCACAAUAUUAUUGUCUGUUUCACAGGUAACUGUUUCAGGCCAUUUUGUGUGUUUAUGCUUAUGUAUGUAAGCACCAGUUUUAUAUAACUACAUGUAACUUUUCAUUCUGGUAUUUAUGCAUGUAUGGAUAUGGAUGUGACAUUGCUAUUUUUUCUGUAUUUGCCAGUAUAUAUUUAUGUAAAAAUUAUGGUCUUGGAAAAGGAUGGUUUAUAUGCAGCUUUUUAUUUGGGUGUAUUAUUUGUAUGUAUUUAUGUGUUUGUUGGGAGGGGUCCCGUGUCAGGAAACA